AUGAGCGCGUCGGUGUCCUGGCACUUAUGGCCUUGUUCUACCUUGUUAUUACUCACUCUGUCCCCGAUCCUGUCCCUCUCCUUGUUAUUACUCACUCUGUCCCCGAUCCUGUCCCUCUCCUUGUUAUUACUCACUCUGUCCCCGAUCCUGUCCCUCUCCUUGUUAUUACUCACUCUGUCCCCGAUCCUGUCCCUCUCCUUGUUAUUACUCACUCUGUCCCCGAUCCUGUCCCUCUCCUUGUUCUACCUUGUUAUUACUCACUCUGUCCCCGAUCCUGUCCCUCUCCUUGUUCUACCUUGUUAUUACUCACUCUGUCCCCGAUCCUGUCCCUCUCCUUGUUCUACCUUGUUAUUACUCACUCUGUCCCCGAUCCUGUCCCUCUCCUUGUUAUUACUCACUCUGUCCCCGAUCCUGUCCCUCUCCUUGUUAUUACUCACUCUGUCCCCGAUCCUGUCCCUCUCCUUGUUAUUACUCACUCUGUCCCCGAUCCUGUCCCUCUCCUUGUUCUACCUUGUUAUUACUCACUCUGUCCCCGAUCCUGUUCCUCUCCCUGCUCUCUUCUGGGUGUCCACCUCUCCAUCCCACACAGGGAGCAGAGUGAAUUGGCUUCCCUCUCUUUCGCCUUGCAGUUUUACAGACCAUGCUUUUAUAUGGGAUCAAACCAAAAAAAGAGGGUGUAAACCAAUGUACACCUGGCAUGAGAUGACACUAGAGUUGUGCUUCAGUCGAAGUGCUGUGUCCUUCAGAAACCAAGAGAUGAGCCAUGUGGAUUCCCUUCUAGAACUAGAAGGAGAAAUAGAAUGGAUUCCUUCUAAUUCUAUGGGUUCUCUCCAGGUCCAGGCCAGGUGCUGUCUGUCUGUCUGUCUGUCUGUCUGUCUGUCUGUCUGUCUGUCUGUCUGUCUGUCUGUCUGUCUGUCUGUCUGCCUGUCUGUCUGGUGCUGCUGUGUUCUAGCCUUAACAUUCCAAGCAGGGUCAUGUGGACCCGCUGAGUAGCAUUCUGGGUAAUUUAGGACUGUGUCAACUAACCUCAGCCCAUGUCAUGUCUCAUAAUAGCCAGGGGAAGAAGAAUACUAAUAAAAAUAUCCGUAAGUCAAGAGAUGGUGUCCCUGUUAAGAUUUACCUUAAGCUAAACAAAGGUAAAUGCUUCUACAAUUUAAACAAAAAAAAAUAAAAAUCAAUUGAAAUAAUUGUUUUGAAGUUUACAAUCUUAACAAAAAGCAGAACUAUUCAAGUCUAUAUGUAAAAAAAAUAUUUUUUUUAUUUUACCUUUAUUUAACCAGGCAAGUCAGUUAAGAACAUAUUCUUAUUUUCAAUGACAGCCUGGGAACAGUGGGUUUAACUGCCUGUUCAAGGGCAAGAACGACAGAUUUGUACCUUGUCAGCUCGGGGGUUUGAACUCGCAACCUUCCGGUUACUAGUCCAAACACUCUAACCACUAGGCUACGCCCCUUUUUUGGGGGGUCAUUUGUUCUUUUUUCUAGAAGAGAAGAAAAGUCACAUGAAAACCUCACUAUAAUCAGACAAGAAAUCAGAAUCAUAUUUACUGUGUAUUUAGUUCACUUCUUAUUACGUGCCUUAGGAUGUAACGUGUUCAUAAUCAAUAGGUUUUAUACGGUGUCUGUCUAUCAAAUCGCACCCUAUCCCCUAUAUGAUGCAUUCAUUUAAACUAGUGCACUAGAUAGGGAAUAGGGUGUAAUUUGAGACGGACACUAUCCUAUGACAGAUUUGAUUCAUGUUUUAUAUGUUGGCUGUAUUAUGUGAUCUUUUUGAAAUGGAAGUUAAUGUUUGGUGCCUUUGAGUGCACUCCUUAGAGAAAUGAAGAGGAAACUCUGAAAUACCACAGUGCGUGUGUGUACCGUGGGCCUCUCUAUCCCUGUAGGUGUUUUAACACAUUUAUCACAAUCGUUAUUUCAAAGUUUGAAGACUUAUUCAAAGUCUUACACUUAUUUGGGACUUGGAUGUAGGCGUGUAUAACGUGCUGUUACUCGCUUUACGUUUUCAUUCUAGUUUUAUUAUUAUUAUUAUUAUUAUUAUUAUUAUUAUUAUUAUUAUUAUUAUUAUUAUUAGCUGGCUUGGCCAAGCAGUUCUGCAGCAGCAUCCUCAGAAUGACUUGUUAUUACAAUUUAUUGAAGAAAAUACUGAUCGUUUAACAAAUCUGGUGAGGUCCAAAAAAAGGGGGGGCUUAGGUUUCAACAGUAAAAGUGAAACCAGUUUCUACAGUUAGAAGUGAAACCAGUUUCAACAGUAAAAGUGAAACCAGUUUCUACAGUUAGAAGUGAAACCAGUUUCUACAGUUAGAAGUGAAACCAGUUUCAACAUUAGAAGUGAAACCAGUUUCUACAGUUAGAAGUGAAACCAGUUUCAACAUUAGAAGUGAAACCAGUUUCUACAGUUAGAAGUGAAACCAGUUUCAACAGUAAAAGUGAAACCAGUUUCUACAGUUAGAAGUGAAACCAGUUUCUACAGUUAGAAGUGAAACCAGUUUCUACAGUUAGAAGUGAAACCAGUUUCUACAGUUAGAAGUGAAACCAGUUUCUACAGUUAGAAGUGAAACCAGUUUCUACAGUUAGAAGUGAAACCAGUUUCUACAGUUAGAAGUGAAACCAGUUUCAACAGUUAGAAGUGAAACCAGUUUCAACAGUAAAAGUGAAACCAGUUUCUACAGUUAGAAGUGAAACCAGUUUCUACAGUUAGAAGUGAAGCCAGUUUCUACAGUUAGAAGUGAAACCAGUUUCUACAGUUAGAAGUGAAACCAGUUUCUACAGUUAGAAGUGAAACCAGUUUCUACAGUUAGAAGUGAAGCCAGUUUCUACAGUUAGAAGUGAAACCAGUUUCUACAGUUAGAAGUGAAGCCAGUUUCUACAGUUAGAAGUGAAGCCAGUUUCUACAGUUAGAAGUGAAACCAGUUUCUACAGUUAGAAGUGAAACCAGUUUCUACAGUAGACGUGAAACCAGUUUCUACAGUUAGAAGUGAAACCAGUUUCUACAGUUAGAAGUGAAACCAGUUUCUACAGUUAGAAGUGAAACCAGUUUCAACAGUUAGAAGUGAAACCAGUUUCAACAGUAAAAGUGAAACCAGUUUCUACAGUUAGAAGUGAAACCAGUUUCUACAGUUAGAAGUGAAGCCAGUUUCUACAGUUAGAAGUGAAACCAGUUUCUACAGUUAGAAGUGAAGCCAGUUUCUACAGUUAGAAGUGAAACCAGUUUCUACAGUUAGAAGUGAAACCAGUUUCUACAGUUAGAAGUGAAACCAGUUUCUACAGUAGACGUGAAACCAGUUUCUACAGUUAGAAGUGAAACCAGUUUCUACAGUUAGAAGUGAAACCAGUUUCUACAGUUAGAAGUGAACUAUUGUUCUGGUAUGUUUGUAGUGAGCUGAUUACACAAUACACAUUGAGGGACAAUCAGUGGUAGUGUUUCACUCAAUGACUGAAAGAUGCUGGGGUACCAAAUGCUACCCUAUUCCCUAUAUAGUGCACUACUGUUGACUGGUUAUCAGUUCAUUUUAAAAUACACCUGGAUAGAUAGAAUAACAUUAUACCCGAACGUACAUAGCCUAUGUGAUACAUACGAUACCUAGGUUCUACUUAUUCCUCUGAUGUUGAGGCCCACAACAACCCUCUCAGGUCAUUUCAGGUUUUCCUCCAUUUUGCUGUUUUUGAGUGAAGCUGUUUUAGAAAAUCUCCCAUCUUGUUUUCUUUUUAACUGUAAUCUUAUUUGACUUGUUUCUCAUAUUAUUCAUUAGAGGGUAUUUUUCAUUUGAUCUGCAGUGAUAAUGUGUUUUAUUAGAAUAUUUUCUUUAAAAAGGUAAAAAAAACUGGUUAUGGUUGUCUGUCGCUCUGUUUUUCACAACAAUAGUUGUUAGUUGUUUGUUUUUCUUGUUGCUGAAAACCCCUGAGGAUGAGUCCUCAGUAGCAACCUAUGUUCUAUAUAUAGUGCAGUACUUCUGACCCGGGCACUGACCUCGGCCCAAUGCUGUUGGGUGCAUCAAAAACAGUGAGGAAUAGUAUACAGGGAAUAGGACUGCUGGUUCAGACUGAACCUCAUAAACCACCAUCCUGGUUAUUUAUGCAGAAGUCUUAGAUUAGCUCGGGUCACAGGGAGUUUAAGUGACGCCCUGGACCAGAGCUACGGAGCUGCCUCGGUCGUGGUCUUCAUCCUACGUAUCUUUCCGUGGAUUGAUUCUCUCACGUCUCAUAGGCGAUGUUAUUGAAAAGCUUUUUAGUUUCUGAACAGGAAAGAAGCCAGGCUCUAAACCUUUUGUGUCGUCGUGAAAGCGGAUGAUUCUAGAAUGUCUGAAUGUUCUAUGUCUCUCUAACCUUCGGAUCGAACCACGCGGCCACUCUCUCUACAUCUCUGUCCCGACUGAAUAGUUUCAAGGUUUGCAAUCCCAAAUGGCACCCUGUUCCCUAUGUAGGGCCACUGGUAAAAAGUAGUGCACUAAAUGGGGAAUAAGGUGACAUUUGGGAGGCGGACCAAGUCACGUCUUAACUCAGGCAGCAUAGUUCAGCCAUGAUGAAAGACUUUAUGCCUUCUUCUUUUCAAUUGUGACUAACAUUUUACAUUAUCAAACGGGCUGAGACACUAAAAUCAUCAUGUUUUUAUUUUAUUUAUAUAUACUGAAUCGUCACAAAACAACAAAAAAACAAACCGGACCAAAGUUGAUGUGCCUUUCAUUGAUCUGUCAUUCAUCUCCUUGUUCCAUCCUCCUUCACUACUAUUUAAAUGGAAGUCUGUCAUUGCUCAAGACGAGAUCGUUGCUUCCAUCAAAAAAAAUAAAUGGAGUCCAUUCCUAGCCUGGUCCAACCAGACUGAACGCUGUGCUCACUACAGAAAUGUAAUGAUAUUAGGUUGGAUACCAGGCUUGCCCAUUUGUUCCCACUUACCCUCAAAACACAAAAAAAAAUGAACUAAAUGUAACCUUUAGCACUGAAACCAAAGGAAUUGAUUCCUCUAUUAGAACGAACUGUCAUGAUGACAGAGUGGCGUCCUUCGUUGGACCCGGGCUCGAGUCCCGCACGGGGCUACCCCUCGGGUUCGCUACAGUAGAUUUGCUUUACCGUGGCGCUUUGCGUCCAGACUCAGAGAUUCUGAUGAAUGUUUUCAGUGUUUCCUGACAGUCUAGCAUUACUUUAAAUCACUGAAUUAUAUGGGAGACAAUUAAAGAAGUUCAAUUGAUUUCCUGUUCCAUUAUUAUUAAAGGGAGAGAUGAUACAUUUUAAAGAGGCUUAUAUUUGCACAGCACCCAGUCAGUCCGCAUCCCAAAUGGGACUCUAUCCCCUAUUUACGUUCCCCAAUGAGUGCUAUCUGUAGGCGACGGGGUUUCAUUUGGGACGUAGUAGUAUCUCUUCUGAUCUGAUUUCAUUCUGUUUUUCUUUUUUGUGUUUUUCUUCGUCUCAUCACGGCACGUCUUGAUAACAGACCUGGGUUUCUAUUCCGUCCGUAUUGGGGAGAUUCGGCCUUAACAUCGCGAUUUCGUUUAAACGUCAACGUUCCCGCGUUAGUGGAGGCUGCGUUCUCGGUAAACGCCGCCUGUUUCGGCUCAAUCAGAAAAUGACCUUUUAAUUUUAACGCUUCAGCGAUACAGACUGAAUGGAGACUAAAGCUAAUAGUCCAAUGUUUCACGACCAAAAUAAACAACAAAUGAUGUAAUCAAACAUUUUUCUAGUCUGGCCAAGAAAAAGGUUAAUGAGGCCAAGAUAGCAACAAACGACAAGACAUUAACAUUUUUUUUUUUUGUAUUUGAAGAUGAUGAGCACAUGAAAAAAACAACUUGUCUUGUGUAUUUUGAUAUAAAACCAAGUUUGAUUUGUAAAGCGGUGUGUGUGACAUCGUGGGGAUGGAAGGUUUGUGGUGAGAAAACAACAGGUUUCCUUUACCAGUUGAUGUAAUUAAAAUGCAAAUAGAUUAAACUAUUAAAGAAACAUAUUUUCCAAUUUUUUUGCGGUGCAUGGUUGAGUGGAGUUUCUGUAUUUUAUAUAGAAACAUUUUCAUUCGUGUUUUUGAAUUGAUUAUUACUAUGAUUAUCAUAAUCCUUAUUAUAAUUAUUACACCAGAAUCCCAACUAUAAUUGUAGCAUGCCUUGAAUAAAUGUCAUGACCUCUGUACUGUC